GGACUCACCGGCGUUUCCUGUGGUCGGCGAGCAACCCUGUGGGUUACCUCGGUGAUGUCGUGGUUUCAAGCUGCUCAGUCGGUUGGUAAAACGGGAGACCAGGGGGACGUGUUUGACGAGGACGCGGAUGAGUCGCUUGUGGUACAGCGGGAAUGGCGGAGCCACAUGCAGAGACGAGUCAAAGAAGGUUAUAGAGAUGGAGUAGAUGCUGGUAAAGCAGUUGCUCUUCAACAGGGCUUCAAUCAAGGCUAUAAGGAAGGUGCAGAAGUCAUUAUGAACUAUGGGCAACUCAGAGGAACACUGAGUGCUCUGCUCUGCUGGUGUCACCUUCGUGAUAAUAGUUCGACUCUGAUCAGUAAGAUAAAUAAUCUCCUGGAUGCAGUCGGCCAGUGUGAAGAGUAUGUGCUCACACAUCUGAAAUCAAUCACAUCCCAGCCCCAUGUUGGAGAUUUAUUGGACUCCAUUGAGGAUAUGGACCUUUGUCAUGUAGUUCCAGCUGAGAAAAAGAUUGAUGAAGCUAAGGAUGAAAGACUCUAUGAAAAUAAUGCUGAGUUUAACAAAAACUGUGGCAAUAGUCCUGGCAGGGCCAGUUGUUCAUAUUUAGAAGGCUGCAGAACAAAAGAGCCUGCCCAUUCCGCCAACCCAAGCCUCACCUGGAUUUUAGAACAGACGGCCAGUUUAGUUACACAGCUGGGAGUCUCAGUUGAUGUAUUACAGCACCUCAAACAACUUUGAAAAUCUUGCCUUUCUAAUGAAAGCAAUGUUCAGAAUAUUUCUUAGAGCACUUUGUUUCCUAAUAAGGUAUCCAAAAUUGUGCUGGAUUCUGCAUUGAACACUUCACCUAUAGUUGUCUUUCAUGAAGUUUGAAAUGUCUCCAGUAUCAACACUAUUAAAUGUAAUAUAAGCCUCUUUA